AGUGUGGAUUCAUCGUACCGUUCUGCUCGCCUCACUCGUCCACUCUCGUCUUGUCGUCCAAUUUUUCUUCCAGCAGUCGCAUCCUGUCUGCGAGCUCCAGCGCAACCGUUAGCUAGCUAAUAGGGGAGUAGCAAUUCAUUCUCCCUGAGAAAUUCUGUUUUGAUACCUCAGCAUUGUGUCAUUUUGCUGAAUAAAUCGUUUGGGAAAAUGAAUUUUCAUCUUUUCUCUGCCAACACGCUUCCAAAAAGACAACCCUUCCUCCGUAAAGUCUACUUUUUCACUUCGACCUCGGUAACGGUAGCCGAACGGGUAACGUUAUAGCAAAGCAGUUCGUUUUGACAAGACGAGUGGCUCAUCUGUCCGCCGCUGCUGCUCCGUAACGGGGACGAUUUGGACAAAGCCAGUCAGAUGUUGGACGGUAAAAAUAUCCUAGGAAAUAAAACGUUUCAACACCGUGUUGUGAAAUUGAAUUAUCAAGCUGAUCAUCUGUCGUGAAAGUGCCAGGAAUAAGAGGAGGAGUGAGAGUUUGGAGCUCGCUCCGAAGGAAGGGCUAACGUUAGGGGUGUGCAGAGGAAGACCCGCAGAGAAGAAGGGACGUAGGGGGACAAAAGCCUGAUGCCAGUGAUGGCAAACGAGCCGAUCAUCCUGAACGUUUAUGAUAUGUACUGGAUCAAUGAGUUUACCAGCACUCUGGGCAUUGGAGUCUUUCACUCAGGGAUUGAGAUCUAUGGAAGAGAAUUUGCCUAUGGCGGACACCCAUACCCAUUCUCAGGGAUCUUUGAGAUUACACCAGGUGAUGCAACCGAACUUGGCGAGACCUUUAAGUUCAAAGAAGCCAUAGUCUUGGGCAGCACAGACUUCACAGAGGAGGAUGUGGAACGAAUUGUGGAGGAGAUGGGGAAGGAGUACAAAGGCAACGCCUACCACCUCAUGCACAAGAACUGCAACCACUUCUCCUCAGCACUUUCAGAGAUCCUGUGUGGCAGGGAAAUCCCUCGCUGGGUCAACCGCCUGGCCUACUUCAGCUCCUGCGUGCCAUUCCUCCAGAGCUGCCUGCCCAAAGAGUGGCUGACCCCGGCUGCCUUACAGUCCAGCGUCAGCCAGGAGCUCCACGGAGGAGGAGAGCUGGAGGAGGCCGAGGACGCCGCUGCCACAGCCUCCCUGGCGUCCAUGUCGCCCUGCUCACCCUCAUCCUCCUCCAGCCCCUCCUCCUUGCCUCGUCAUUCCCGCCACCAGCCCCGCCGUUAGAAGCUGCAAGGUCUGCUGGGUGACUCGGGCUGGACUUUGGUUAUAGAGACUGUCAGGUAACAGAAUACCUGCAGCAGCUGACGAGUCAGUGAAAAGUCCUGUCAGACUGUCUUCGAGCAAGGCACUGAACUGCUACCUGCUCUAAAUGUCAGCCAAAUCUCAACAGUGAUCUAGAGCAGUGGGAGGACAAAGGCAGGAUCAUCUCUCUGAACAUGGCUGAUGGAUUUUAACAUCCCAUCCAAAGUCUUUCAUUAUUUUACCAGCCAACACUAACGUCGGUUGUUCACCCAUCAAAGUGUUUCAAAGUUUACCAGCCACAUCCAGAUUUUAACCAGCAGCUAGUUGGUGGAUGGUGCUAAUUAUCACUAGCCAAGCGCUGGUUGAUCUGUGGCUGGUACAUGUCCACACUGCAGCCAACAUGUCGAUAAGAUGUCCUAAAUAUUUGGCUGGUAAAAUUUUGAAAGCAGCAGCCGGAGCUCGGGAGCACUUUGCCUCAACAUGCUGUGUGCGCAUCAGGGCCUCAGCCUUUUGUUUUAUUUUUCUCUCACAGCAGGCUGGAUAGACUUAAGAUAAAACUACCAUCAGCCUCACGCUCCUCAAACACCAUACGCAUCCAGAACCAGCGACUAAAUGGGUGAACAUUUCUGACACACUGUGGAUGGGUUCAGUUCCAGGUCAUUUUUGCUUCCCAAGCCCUUUCUUUGUUUCUUUUUUAUGUCAAGUCUGUAUCAGUGGUUGUGGGGUAUCUGUAGCAGCUCUUCCUUCUGCCCAUCAUGGGAUAACCACGCUAAUUUGAGAAACUUAAACCCAGUGAAGCAGAUUUUUAAAUGCAUCAAAAAAGCAAGUUAUUUCCUAACCAAUAAUGUAAUAUUUUUUAAGAAAUUCUAAAUAUUUUAGAAAUUAGGUUGCAGGGCAGGCAGUGACAUAUAGAUUAGAAAAUACUUUUUAUCAAAAGGUUCUUGGUUUAAAUUCCGGAGUAAAAGAGAGUGAAUUAUUUCUUAUUAGCAACUGCCUUGGUGCCUUUAAGCAAGGUACUUAACCCACAAGUGUUUCAGUGGCCAACAGUAGAAGACUGGGGUUGUACUGGACUGUUCCCAGUUGUCAUUGUGUCCUUUGUAAGCAUUAAGUAAAAAUGUUUUAUCUUCACCAGAGCAAAUCAAGGCAAUCAAGUUUACAUUGAGGACAUGAUGUCAGCCCAAAGCGGUUUGUAAUCUACAUAAAUGUCUGAAGACGACAGGCCGUUGAAGCCAAGGAAGCGAUUUUGAGGAAGAGUGUGUCUUAAAUGGGAACUGAGCCAUUACUCCAAUCCUCUUUAACUGACCUGCCAUCAGCCUGCAGUCCUGACAGUCAUUUUCCUCACAUCUGUGUUCAGUUACGGAUGAUGCAUAUUGGUGUUAUUUGGAGCAUCAUCGCAGCAACACAUUUUAGCUUUUAUUUUAAGCAUUUGUACUUACAUUUCAGUCCUUAAUGAUCUACAAGUCUAAACUUCUAGUAAAGUUUACACGAAGAUGCUGUUUUUCCCAUGUGAUGAGCACCUCAUUUAAAAACUCUUUAUAUGCUGUCAACAACAACAACACAUGUGCUGCAUAAUGUGUAUCGUCCAAAACAAGAGCAAUGGAUGUAUUGAAAACACAUUUUAAAGUAGAAUUUACCUGUUUUUGUCUGAAGACUACAAGCAGGAAAACUGUCACUUUCUUUCCUUUUUUUUGUUGUUAUUCUGUAUUUCUAUGAUAUAUGGACUCUGGCCUUUAUCUCUGUUUUGUUCGUUUGAUAAACUCAGGACUCUAAAAGGCUUUGUAAUAUAAUCCUUUUAACUUUUUUAUCCCACAUUUUAUGUUUGCUUUGUUGCUUUUUCUAAUGCAGUAGUCACUCCAUGGAGCUUUUCAAGAACGCACUGUGGAAGUGCAGUUUUAUACACCUCUUUGAUAAAAAAAAGAGCUUUUGUUUACAACCUGUGUGUGUGUGUGUGUGUGUGUGUACACUUGUAUUAUAAAUGGUUAGUAUUAACAAGCUGCCAACUGGGCCAAAUUUCCUUACAUCAACCACACAGUCUGCAAGAGAGAAUGUAGAAUUGUACAAAUGUAGCGAAUUCCUCUGUGUGUGUGUGUGUGUGUGUGUGUGUGUGUUUUUAAACAUUGCCACAUCUUCAAGAUAUUGUAUUUCUCUAAACCAAGUAAACUUUAUGUCCUUAAGCUACAUUUUUAGUAACAUUAUUUUGGUGGCAGAUACUUUUGCAGAUUAAACUACUGGUUAAAAUGUUACUGUUUUCAAACAAAGAAACAGGACAGAUGCAGUGUUAAAGCAAGGACUGUGACAUUUCUCACACAACUAGCGUAUUUGGUGAUUUGGAGUAAAAGAAUUCAAUAAUAUUAAAUGAUACACAGUUUAGUAAGUGUGAAUAAGGAAAAAGUCAACUUUAUUUUUAAAACACACACACACACACACACAGAGAGCCCAUGUUGGCGCCCUCUGCUGGCUGUUAUCUGUACUGUUACUUGUCUGUGGUUUUUCACACAGGCAACGGGGUUUCCCUUACCCUUUACAGCUUCAGAUAUUUUUUACAGAAUCAUUUCCUUCUAUUCACACAUUAAAAAUAUCUCAUCAAACGCUAAUUUCUACCAGCUUCCAAAUGCUGGGGGAGAACAUAGUUACUUCAUGUUCACAUCUCAACAUUGAAAUUACCGCAAAUCAUUACUGAGGCCAAAGAGAUCUAUAACUUCAACAAUCUUUUUUUAACAGCCAUUGGAUUGUCAUCACACGUGUCAUUUUGGAAUGAAACCCACUUUAUUUGAUUAAAUGUGGUAUCGUUAUA